CCUUUCUCUUUCUAAUUCUCCCUCUCAGGCUUAGACCAACAUAUAAAUCAAAAACUUGUCCUUGUCGUCGUCACCUCUAUAUCCUUCAACUCCUCUUUUCUUCUGUGUGUCUCUCUCACAGUAUAUACUAUAUUUAUAUCAAGGCAUGGCCGCCACAGAGACAGAAGAAGGGGUGGUAGAGAUGAAGAGGGCGGAGAUUGAUACAAGGGCUCCCUUUCGUUCUGUCAAGGAAGCUGUUAUGUUGUUUGGAGAGAGAGUUUUAGCUGGCGAGGUCUAUGCCAAGCAGCUCAAAGAGAUUCGAGCAGGUCAAAUGAUUCAUGGGCAGUCCAAGCUAGGAACAGUUACUGCCGAGCUUGAAGAGACAAAGCAGAGCCUCCAAAAAGCAAUAGAAGAAGGUACGAUGAUGGCUAAUUGUCUUUCUUCUCUGAGAGAAGAGCUGGAGAAAACAAAAAGAGAGCUCCAACAAAUUAAGGCGAAGGAAGCCCAGAAACAACAAAUUUACUCAGAGAUGGAAGACCUCAAAUUCGUCGAGAACCCGAUAACCAUUGAAGUUGAGACGCCGCCGAGAGUUAAAGAAGAAGGAUCAGAGCUCCAGAAGAGGAUGAGAUACGUGAAGUUUGCUAGCCCUCCUUCACUAGCUCAGGUUGUGAACCCUGAACCUGAAGUUGGUGGUGAAACACUUGAGAGACAAUCUUCUUCUUUGAAGAAGAAGAAAAAGCCCAUAAUACCUUUAAUAGGAGUGAUUUUCUCUAAGAAAAAGGGGACUCAUCAGGAUGUUGCAGGUCCAAAAGCCUGAGUUCAUUAAGCUACUAGGGAAAAAAAGAACACAAAAUACAAAAAAAUUCCCUGAAUGUAAUAAUUGUGUUUUAUUUUAUUUUAUUUUAUUUUGGUUUUCACUUUUGGUUCAGAUAGAGUGGAAUUUAGGUGCCCAUAAAGUAAGCGGGGUUGAGGAUGUUGCUUGAAACUAAAGAGAUUAAUACAAUAAUAAAUCAUACAUACAGUGGAAAUUAAUUUUUCCAUGUCUUUUGAUAAA